ACUGAAAGUGGAUGAAAAUACACUGGUCUCGAGGCGACAGAGCAGGUCAUUCGAGGACGAGUGUUGCUGAGAAAUGGCCGGCAAUACAACUUCAGUAACCCGCAGUACCGCUGCUUUAAUUUCAGCAGUUUGCGUCGACCUUUCCUUGUUUUACGCAUCGGGAUGUGUAGUGACGCACAGCGUGUUUGGGCAUCUUGCGCGUCUCUGGGUUUCUGCGGCUCUCCGGUGUUUGGCGCUCACUGCUGUAACCCUGCUCAUCCUCGGAGACCUCAACCCGUUGCUGAUUCGUGUUUUAACGGCGCACAGUCUGCUGCUUGCGGUUCUGCUGCUUGCGGUGUUUGAGACCGGAGCCAAAGCUCUGUACCGUGAGGAGACACAAUGCGGCAUGUUGGCGGAUAUGCGCUGCUGGCUGCUGUGUACCGGAGCGGCGCUAGCCGGUGCGCUGUUUUGGGAAGUCACCAUCCCGGACACCGAGGAUGCGGCCGCCGGGAAAGAGAAGAAGCAGAAAGCCAGGGUGCUGUUUAUGAGAGUCCUCCACCUGUACAGACCCGACUGGUUACUGCUGCUUGGAGGGCUCGUGUUCCUGACGCUCGCUGUUUUGUGUGAAAUGUUCAUCCCGUUCUACACUGGGAGAGUCAUUGACAUCCUCAGCAGUCAGUACCAACCAAAUUAUCCUGCGUCCCCCAACAAAACGGUGCUGCAGGACUUUUCUUUGGAGCUGAAGGCAGGUCAGAUGACGGCACUGGUGGGUCCAUCUGGAAAAGGAAAAAGCACCUGUGUAAGUCUGCUUGAGCGAUUCUAUGAGCAGCAGAGUGGAGAAAUCCUAUUGGACAACGAACCAUUGAAGUCCUAUGACCACCGUUUCCUCCACAAGAAGAUUGCGGUGGUGAGCCAGGGGCCUGUGCUCUUCUCCGGCUCCAUCAGAGACAACAUUGCCUACGGGCUUGAUGACUGCUCAUUGGAUGAGAUCCAGGAAGCGGCACGCAAAGCCAACGCCCACGACUUUAUUGUGCAGCUGGAAAAAGGUUAUGAUACAGAGGUGGGGGAGCGUGGCGGCCAGUUAUCGGAGAGCGAGAAGCAGAGGAUCGCCAUUGCUCGAGCUCUGGUCAGACAGCCACAGGUCCUCAUUCUGGAUGAAAUAACCAGCUCUCUGGACGCAGAGAGUGAAAACAAGAUUCAGCAGGCCCUGGCUAGUUGUCCCAACCAGACCCUGCUGGUGAUCGCUCACAAGCUGAAGACCAUCGAGAAGGCCGAUCAGAUCGUUGUGAUCGGUGACGGCAGAGUGGAGGAGCGAGGGACUCACCAGGAGCUGAUGGACAGGAAGGGGAGCUACUACAAACUGAGAGAGAAGCUCUUCUCCGAGGGAAACCCCCCACAGUGACACGCUGCUUUCCCUGAGCUGAUGUUUCUGAGAGAGGAUUGUUCUGCUGGGCUGCAUGUGUUGGACCGCAGGCCAGCAGCAGCUAACCUGAUUAAAAUGGGAGCUGGAGUUUAUGUAA